UCUGAAAUCUAUGGGGAAAUAUUUCUGAUGUAGAAAAUUAACAUUUUCUCUGGAACUCCUUUUAAGCAGAAUCCUGUGUUUACUGAGAUUCCAUCUAAUAUCAAGGAGAAACGCUGCUUCCAUAUCUGUGGCAAACAAUUGUACAUAAUGCCACUCCACAAAGAGAGGCCACCAUGGCUUAAUUGCAUAUUGAGAGUGGUGAUGAUGCAUCCAGUGCGAAAGGGAUUUGAUAUUACUUUUUUUCUUUGGAUACUGGGAUUUACAUUAAAGGGCAGCCUGGUGCUUUGCCAAAAACUAGAUGACUCUUACCCAGUGGUGAAUACCAAUUAUGGCAGACUGAGGGGGAUCAAAAAGGAACUAAGUAAUGAAAUCUUGGGUCCAGUAAUCCAGUAUCUUGGUGUACCAUACGCUGCUUCACCAACAGGAGAACGUCGUUUCCAACCUCCUGAACCCCCUUCUUCUUGGUCAGAAGUACGAAAUGCUACCCAUUUUGCACCAGUCUGUCCCCAGAAUAUACAUGGUAUGUUGCCAGAUGUUAUGCUCCCUGUGUGGUUUACUGCCAAUUUGGAAGUAGUUGCGUCUUACGUCCAGGAACAGAACGAAGAUUGCCUCUUUCUAAACAUAUAUGUGCCUACAGAGGAUGUAAAAAGAAUAUCGAAGGAAUGUGCCAGAAAACCGGGCAAGAAAAUAUGUAGAAAAGGAGGUCCCCUUGCAAAGAAACAGGCUGAUGAUUUAGGUGAUAAUGAUGGCGCAGAAGAUGAAGAUAUUCGUGAUAGUGGACCAAAACCUGUAAUGGUCUUCAUCCAUGGUGCAUCAUACAUGGAAGGCACAGGAAAUAUAUUUGAUGGAAGUGUACUAGCAAGUUAUGGUAAUGUCAUAGUCAUCACAGUGAACUACCGGCUUGGUGUUUUAGGCCCUGAAAUUCACUGAAGAGCUGUCAUUUUGUGAAGAUGAUAUUGUUCCAGAUAUAGCAAACAAUCAAGAACCUUCAUACC